AUGUUCUUCUCACCACUCCUCGUCGUCGCCGUCGCCCUGUCCGGUGCCCUCGCGGCACCGACGCCGAACGCGGAUCCCGCCCCCAACGAGAGAGGGGUGAGCGUCAACAAGAAGAGAUCCAACUUCUGGUUCGCCGGUGUGAACGAGUCCGGCGCCGAGUUCGGUACCGGAAGCAUCCCGGGGACCAAGGGGACCGACUAUACAUGGCCUCUUACUUCCAGCGUCGAUACGUUGAUGGGAAAGGGGUUUAACAUUUUCCGGAUUCCCUUCCUCAUGGAGCGAAUGGUGCCUGGCAGUCUGACCAGUGGUGUCAACGCUGCAUACCUUGCCGAUAUGCAGACUCUCGUCAGCCACAUCACCAGCAAGGGUGGUUACGCGGCAAUCUGUGCCCAAAACUUCGGUCGAUACUACGGCAACGUGAUCACCGACACAUCUGGCUUCCAGUCCUUCUGGCAAACCGUAGCAACACAGUUCAAGUCCAACGGGAACGUCAUCUUCGACACCAACAACGAGUACCACGACAUGGACAACACGCUCGUCGGCAAUCUCAACCAAGCAGCCAUCAACGGCAUCCGUGCCGCGGGCGCAACCUCGCAGACCAUCUUCGUCGAGGGCAACUCGUACACCGGAGCCUGGACGUGGGUGUCGUCAGGAACCAGUACCGCCAUGGCCGCGCUUACCGAUCCUAACGACAAUGUCAUCUACGAGAUGCACCAGUACCUCGACAGCGAUGGCUCGGGCACUUCGUCAACCUGUGUCAGCAGCACCAUUGGUUCACAGAGACUGGCCGCUGCUACGGCGUGGCUCCAGUCCAAUGGCAAGAACGGCAUCCUGGGCGAGACUGCUGCUGGCAGCAACAGUGUCUGCAUCAGCGCCCUUCAGGAUAUGCUCAGCUACAUGAAGACUAACAACAGUGUUUGGAGGGGGUGGCUUCUCUGGGGUGGUGGACCAUGGUGGGGUGACUACAUGUUUUCCAUGGAACCAUCUUCAGGAACGCAGUAUGUUGGGGUGAUGCCGUCCGUCCUUCAGUAUAUCUGA